CCCUAUCCUAUGGCCACAGUUCACGGAAAUGAAAUUGACAAUCCAUUAACUGUACCAUCCCAUUCUGCCCAGCAAACUGUUGAUUCGAAUCUGAUCGAUACUGAAUAUUUAACGGAACACGAUCGACUGAGUACCACAAGCAGUGGAAGCAGUAGUGAGCGAAGUCAUAGCAGUGGGGCCCGAAUUGAUCCUCAUGGUCCAAAUCUGUCACAUAUCACUCAAGUGAAUCAAUCCGGACGUGUAUUGAGUGUUGACCUUACGGGUUCCGAUACUUUGUCUGGCCCGGACCCUACGAUUCCAGUCGAAGCGAUGCUAAACGUGCUCCAACAAUCGGGUAACUCAAUGGAUCGAUUCGAGCAAGUCACGAAAUUUGCUAAAACGUACGCGGAUAACUCACAGCGUUGUUUAUCAGAUAACGAUUGA